AUGGCAUCAAAUAUAUUACGCGAAAGCUGGAGUAUUAAAAUUGUACCGAUCCCUGUGAACAUUUCGUUCACCGAAUUGGCUAAGGCAAUAGAUUUGCCAACGUCCCGCGUAUUCAUUCCAAAGAUUUAUAAAAACAACGAUCGUUAUGCAUGGAUAAAUAACUUUUCCAGUAAAGAAGAAGCCGAUCAAUUUGUACUGAAAUUGUCAGCUUCAUCAAUUUUUGAUGCAACUGUAAAAUUUGAAGUGAAUACAUCGAAAAGCACUAGCGCAGUUACUACGCAUCCAUCGCAUCAAGUCACAAUACAUCCCAUAGCACCAUUAAUGAAUCAAAAAAAGCAAGAUAGACGAGAUGAUUAUAAUCCGACUAACAGGCAUGUAGUUCGUACGGCUAUGAUCACGGAUCGGAUACCCGAUUCUACAAUGGAAUCAAAGCAGCAUGCUUCUCAUCGACACCAGAAUAGAACUCAAGAUAAUUACAAGCCACAACAAACGUUCCAAAAACCACAGGAAUCAGGUUUAUUCACACUAAGGAAUACAACGAGAAAGACACAUGUUGAAGACAAGCAUCAGCUGUGUCGAUUUGCAAAUAAAGGAACUUGUCGCGACAAAAGUGACGAAUGCAAAUAUCGCCAUCAACGAUGUGAAAAUUUUGACUCGUGUUCAAUUGAAAAAUGUCUCCUUGCUCAUGGAAAAAAAGAGACGCCUCCAAACCUCCGAGCUGACCCAAAUGAUAAAGAUGAAGAUCGACAUAUUCGCCAUCCAAGUAGUCAUAGGAGUGAUUCAUGCUCCUCAAUGAGUUCAACACAAUCGAUGGCUACAAAAGCAAAGCCAUGUUUAAGUGGCGUUAAAUGCUUCAAAACAGAUUGCCUAUUUGAUCAUCCAAAUGGCUGGAAUCCUUGCUGCGAUGGAGCAAAAUGUGAAGAUUAUGAAUGCACUGCGAACCAUCCAUUUCAACGAAAAAGAAAAUGUAACGGUGGCAAUCAUUGCAAAAUUAGUAACUGUAAAUUCUUACAUCCGAAUACACGUUCCGAAGAAUGUUCUUUGCGUGCAAAAUGUCGAAAAUGGAAUUGCUCAAAGUUGCAUCCACGUUCUCGUGCUCAACUUUGUACUGAUAGAGAAGAAUGCACGAAUUUGGCUUGCUUAUGUUUACACCCACCUCAACGUGCCACAAUGCUUUGUCCCAUUGGAGCUGAUUGCCACGAUAUAUCUUGUAAGCUCAAUCACCCACCUGAACGACCAUCUUUAUGUGAUCAAUCAAAUGAUUGCUCAAAUUUUAAUUGCACACGCCUCCAUGGGCCGGAUUGGAAUCCAUGUGAAGCAGGAGAUGAAUGUGAAGACGAAGCAUGUACUAAAAUUCAUACACAUGAGCGCAAUAUCAAGCUUCAACAAAAAACAGCAACGCUCACCACCAUCAACAAUAACAAGAAGAAUCAAAAAUCAAAGAACUUGAAAACUCUAGAGCAGAGAAUGAAAGAUUGGGAGAAAGCUCAAUUGCCGAUUCUUGCUUAUCGAUCUGAAUUUUGUCAACGUCUUGAACAUGAACGUGUUUUGAUUGUGACUGCUGAAACAGGAAGCGGUAAGAGUACACAGCUACCUCAAUAUGCUGCUGAAGUUUUUGGUUCACUUGUCGUUUGUACUCAGCCACGUGUCGUUGCUGCUCUAUCGUUAGCUAAUCGCGUUGCAGAAGAAUAUAAUGGAAAAUCAGUUGGCGAAUCUGUUGGCUAUCAAGUAGGCAAUGCAAAUCGAGUAGCAGGAACUCAUAUCAUGUUUAUGACAGAUGCUGCACUCAUUCGUGAAAGUCAACGUGAUCCUAGUUUGAAACGUAUACGUGUUCUUAUUAUUGAUGAAGCUCAUGAACGUUCAUUGAAUACAGAUAUUGUUAUUGGUAUGUCGAAAAUUUUACUACAACAGCGUCCGGAUGACUUUUAUGUUGUGAUUGCUUCGGCUACAAUUAAUCCUACUCGUUUUCUUCAGUUUUUCGAUCGACCACAAAGUAAACCUCUCGAAGUAAAAGGACGGGUUUUCCCCGUUACUUGUAUUGAAAAGCCACCACCAUCUAAUUGCUCCGAACACAAGUUGAUUGAAUCCCAUAUUGUUCCUUCUGUCAUUGAAUUAUAUUCUCAUCAUGAAGGGCAUACACUCGUUUUUCUACCUGGUCAAGGUGAAAUUCAAAAAGCUCUCAAAAUGUUUAAUUCUAAACUUCCUGAUAAUUGUACUGCUCUUGCACUUUAUGGCUCCCAAUCACCUGAAGAUCAAGAAAAAGUCAUUAAAUUUAAUGACAAAAACAAGCGAAUGGUUGUUUUCUGUACAAAUGUUGCUGAAACAUCAUUAACGAUACCAAACGUUCGAUUAGUGAUUGAUUCUGGCUGGGCAAAAGAAGCUCGCUAUGAUGUUAAGCGUCGCGUCACCGUUAUCGAAACUGUACGUAUCUCACGAUCUUCGGCUGACCAACGAAAAGGCCGAGCCGGAAGAACUGCAUCUGGACACUGUGUACGUUUGUACGAAGAUGUUGAAUUAAAACGACCAAAUAUUGAGCCCGAAAUUUUACGAUCAUCACUUGAUCUCGUUUUACUCCAACUCAUUCGACUUUCUCUUGAUCCUAACACAUUUCCAUUUAUGGAUCAACCCACGAGCGAUGUGAUCAACCAAUCUGUUGAACUUUUGACUAAACUUAAGUGUAUAGACGAGCUAAAAAUUACGAAGAGAGGCGAAUUAUUCACUGAGCUUGGUCUUGAUCCACGUCUCAGUUCUUUUAUUGUAGAGAUUUACACAGAAUAUCAGAGUCUGUUAGAACUUGCAGUUGGUAUUGUUGCUAUACUUUCAGCGCCAGGCAACAUUUUCUUCAUGGGUGGACCGACAUUAGAAGCUAAGCAAGAAGCAAAAGAGCGUCUUGCUCUUUUAGCGCAUAAUCAUAAAAGCGACCUUAUUCAUCUAUAUUCAGUCUACAGCGCAUGGAAAAAUACUGGUGCAAAAGCAACGAAAGGCAAAUGUUCUGAAUGCCAAAGACAAAUCAAGUAUUGUAUUUGUCGGAUCAAGCAUAGUAAUGAAAAAGGCUUGAAUAAUAAAAUCCUACAGAAUAUUGAUAGUUCAUCUGCGACGAUCAUGAAGCAGAUUAAAAAUGCGAGUUGGCUACAACCUGGCAGUGAAAUGUCACAAAAUGCGAUGGAUAUUAUCAGUAAACAACUGGCUCUAUUCUUUCCCGAACAAUGUGGUUACUUACUUGUUCCACAAUUGCCAACCGAAGGCGCACGACUAAUAUCAACUGAUAUACGUGCAAAUAUUGCCAACGCUAGUGUGUUCAUGCAGAAGCUUCAUGCCGAUACAAAUCGUGAACUUUAUCAACACUUCGUUGCUAUGACCAUCACUCAAUUGACGUCAGGAAAUUAUAUUAUCGAAAAACUUCAUCCAAUACCUAGAGCAAUAGCAACAGCUCAAUCAUCAAUAAAAAGUUUGAUGACCAUUGAAAAUAUCGGAUCUGAAGUAUAUUAUCAUAUGCGUCAAAAACUCAACACUUAUCAAUCAGAACCAUGGGCAAAAUGGCUUGUCUACCAAUACGAUCGCGUUUACUGCCGUCUUAGUCUUUGGGGUCUCGAAAACGAUAAAAUGAUAAUCAUGCCGAUCGUUGAACGCAUUCAAAAUGAAACAUUAAAAAAGCUUUUAGAAGCUCAUGAACUAUUGGAAUGUGGAACAAUUAAGGCCAAUUUUCAGGGUGGUCUCAUUUGCACGCACAUCAAUAAAAUGGCCAAUGCCUUAAAGGUUGAUCUUCAAAAUGUGCCGAAACAAACAGUGAAUGAGUUAAAAAUUUGGCUGAAAAAGAUCCUCGAUAUCGAAUGGGAUGAAAUUAAAGAGCACAGUUUUUAUACGCCAAAAGUCGAAACAGAGCAGAAAAACAGUAAUGACGAAAGUAAACAUUUAUGUCUGGUAUUUAAAACAGAAGAUGCAUUUCGAAGAACCGUAAACAAAAUUCCUUCUUACUACAUGAGUGAACAAUGCAAUAAUAGUGGAACUCGUAAAGACACAGAGAAAGAAAUUUGGGGUCGAGAGCUUAUUAUUGAAACUCCAGACAAUGUGAACGAUAACGAUAUUAUCAAUCUAUAUGGUGCCGAUGUGAUCAUGAAAUGUUUACAGUUGAACAAGAAAGAUGAAAAAACACAUGUACAGUCGUCACUUAAAUUAAAUAACUUACCAAUAGAAAGUGAUGAAGCUUUCCUUCGAGAAUGCCUUCGGAAGGAUGGGGGGCCUAAUCCAAAACAUGUACAUGUUGGAUGUACUAAAAAUAAUUUAAGCGGCUGGGCAAAAGUAACAUUUGCUGAUCUGCAACAGCGUAAUAAGGCGGCAAUGAUUUUUGAUUUAGCACUGUGUCAGAAUUCAUUUCCAAUAACUAUCCAAGGAAAGAAAGGUCCUAUGCAAAAAUUUAUUCAAACAACAUUCUCGAUCGAUGAGGAUGCUAAUGCUGCACAUUGUGUUGUCAAAAAUCGUUUUCGUAUUAUUCUUACCAGUCGUGAAGUUGCCUUACGCAUAUUUUCUUCACCACCAUCAACAACAACGACUGCAAGCCUGGCAAUGGCAACCAAUACUACUAAUUCUACCGACCCAUCUCAAUGGACAGUCGACAGCGCAGCGACUGUAACUAUUAUGCGAACUGAUUUAUAUCCUGAUUUUGAAGAAAUUAUUAAUCGUAUUUGUAAUAAAUUUGGUGUCAAAGUCAAAUCCAAAGAUAUUCCAAACUUUGGCAAACGUUGUACAUUCAAUCACGGAAGUCCUCAGAAAACAAGUUUAGCUGCUUCAAUGCUCGCUCAAACAUUUGCACCAAUGAACAUAAGAUUGAAUACAGAUCGGCAAAAGGCAUUGUUCAAUGAACUAGAAGAAGUUGGUGAAAUGCAAAGAUGGGCAUCUGAAUUAGCACUAUGUAUCAAUAAAAACAAGUAUAACACAAAUAUUGAUAUUCGAGGACCACAAAUAGCACAAGGUCAGUUAAUGAGACGAAUCGCUGAUUAUUCCGAUAAAUUUGAUAAACGCUUUCGUGAGUACCAACUAAAUGCAACAGUGGCAGCUUUUUUUGGCCGACAAAAAGCAGCAUCAAACAAACUAAAACAAAUUGAUUCAAGAUGGUCAUCAAAAUAUUGUUCGGUAUACUUUAUUUUGAAAACAUCGACGAUUCUCAUCAUUGGUAAACCGAAAGUCUCGUUGACAGAUAUGAAUGAUUGCGAAAAAGAAGUUGUGCAGCUUUUAGACGAGCAAACUGUCAAGACUGAUAACGAAAACAGUGAAAAUGACGACGAGGAAGAAGACAAAGACGAUGACGAAGAUGUGGAAGAAAGCGCUGUGAAAAAUAUUCAAGUUAUGGGGCAGAACCGUCGAUGUGUGUUUUGUAAACAAAUAUCAUCGAUGUCUGCAAGUACCUUUCGUAUUUGUGGUCAUACAUUUUGCCGAUGUGCUGCACAAGCUCUCACUACAUAUCUUACAUUGCCCUUGGAAUGUAGAGAGUGUAAAUCGAACAUUCAUAUUCGUGAUAUUCAGAUCAUUUUCAGUAACGAUGAACAAUUAUUUUUGAAUUUACUCAAAAGUUCCAUUCAAGAUUAUUUAACAAAAAACGCAAAGCAAGAUGAUCGUGUAUUUUGUCCUAAUGAUGAAUGUGAUGGUUUGAUUAAACUUAAUCUUGACUAUCAAACUUGUCUAACUUGUGGUCAAAACGUCUGUCCUAAAUGUCAAGUCAUCGGCGAUGAAGUUCAUGUGGGACGAACAUGCGCUCAACUUCUUCAAGAAAAGAAACGUCGAGAGUUCUUACCUCAACUUUUUGAAGAAGCUAAAAAAUUUGUUCAAGAAAAUUGGCCAACAGAUGCUAAUAUGGUACCUAUUGGUCGAAUAGAUGAAAAUCCCUAUCUUGAAAAACAAUAUAAAACAUUAAAGCGCUUUUAUGAAGGUAUCAAAGCAUUGAAUCAUGAUUUGCCACCUGAUUUAGGAAAAGGGUUCUUUGCUUAUCAUGGUACACCCUCUGCAGCUAUUGUACCGAUUUGCCAAAGUGGCUUUGAUCCAAAACGCCGUUCUGGUCAAGUAUAUGGUCCUGGCGAAUAUUUUGGAGUAACGGCAAGUGUCUCGCAUGGUUAUGCUCAGAGAGGAAACCAGUUAACAGGAUCGAAUCAAAUGAUUAUUGCUUAUCUUCUACGGGGUUCACAUGUAAAAACCGUACAAAACUUUUGUUACGUGGUCGCUAAUCCGACAGAUUGGAAAUUCGCUUUUAACUUACCAGUUCUUAUUGUUACAUAUGGACUAACAGCAUCCAGUCAGCUAUCACCUUUCCCAAGUACAAUACUUGACUAUGUCGACGAUGAACCUUCAUGGAUUGCACCUUUCCGAUGGUAUUGGCGUCAAGAUAAUGGCCAAUUCGAACCCUACAAUGAUACAAUUAAUGACAUACUUGAAAAAUUUUAUCAACAAUGGAAGUUUCAUGGAGGACCAUCAACAGUUGAAACACCACCGCUCACUCGCUAUUUAGAUGAUAUUCCGCUACCGUAUAGGAUCGACUACAAAAAUAAUAAACAGACUAAUACGAAAACGUCUUAUACGCGAGCUAUUGAUCGUCGACCGUUGGAAAAGCAACCUGAUAAUCAAAAUUGGUUUUACCAUAAUGAGCAAAAUAAUUGGAUGCGUUAUGAAUUAUUGGUGCAAAACACGAUUGAGAACAAGUUUCAACUAUAUAGAUCUGGACAUGGGUCAGCAACCAUUGAUAUUCAUUUUCCUGGACGUCCUGAGACUUACGAGAUUAACUUUUUAAAAGGUCAACAAACAAACAAAACUACUAAUGCAGUUAGAAAUAUAAAACGUGAAUAA